GAAAACUCCAUAGUGAAAGAGAGAGCUAAGAUAAGAAAAAAAAAUGUCGAAAGAAGUGAGCGAAGAAGGAAGACAUGGCAAAGACUACGUGGAUCCACCACCAGCUCCACUUCUUGACAUGGCUGAGCUUAAGCUCUGGUCUUUCUACAGAGCUAUCAUCGCAGAGUUCAUCGCCACUCUCCUCUUCCUCUACGUAACCGUAGCUACAGUCAUUGGCCACAAGAACCAAACCGGUCCUUGUGGCGGCGUUGGUUUACUCGGCAUCGCUUGGUCCUUUGGUGGCAUGAUCUUUGUCGUCGUCUAUUGCACCGCCGGUAUCUCCGGAGGUCACAUCAAUCCAGCUGUGACGUUUGGUUUGUUCUUGGCUCGAAAAGUGUCGCUCCUUAGAGCGGUGGCCUAUAUGGUGGCUCAGUGUCUUGGAGCCAUUUGUGGAGUUGGACUCGUUAAGGCCUUCAUGAUGACUCCAUACAAAGGUCACGGAGGUGGAGCUAACACUAUUGCUCAUGGCUAUAGCACUGGAACUGCUCUUGGUGCUGAGAUUAUUGGCACUUUUGUCUUGGUUUACACUGUCUUCUCUGCCACUGACCCCAAAAGAAGUGCCCGUGACUCCCAUGUCCCGGUUUUGGCUCCUUUACCAAUUGGGUUCGCUGUGUUCAUGGUGCAUUUGGCUACUAUCCCCAUUACUGGAACUGGGAUUAAUCCAGCUAGAAGCUUUGGUGCUGCUGUCAUCUACAACGAUAAGAAAGCUUGGGACGACCAUUGGAUCUUUUGGGUUGGACCGUUCGUGGGAGCAUUAGCAGCAGCAGCAUACCAUCAAUAUAUCUUGAGAGCUGCAGCAAUCAAAGCCUUGGCUUCAUUCCGCAGCAACCCAACCAAUUGAUGCAUGCAUGAGAGAGACUUCUUAGAAACUAUCUAUAAAAAAAAAAAAAAAAACUAUCGAAAUGCACUAUGUUGUGUGUGUCUGUUUUUUAGCUUUUAAUUUGGUGUAAUCUUUUGUCUUUUGCGGACUUAUUCAAUUUCAUAUAGUUAAGUUUGGUUUUCAAUUCAUCUUUGUAUCGUUGCUUUAUUUCAUGUAGGACACAUCUUAAUAUCUUAUGCUUCACUUUUACAUUA